AUGAAAUGGAGGCCAGAUCCAAACAGGAUGGAUUAUGAUGGAAGGGAGUUGUAUUACAUUGAGAUAGGCUUGAGAGCCAUAGUAAAUAAAGAGGAGGGAACUUUGGGAGAAGACGAGAGAGUUGCUGGUUCUCAGCCGAGCAACCUGGAGAGAGUUAGAGAUGGGUCUGGGCAUAAUGAGACUAUUGGGCCCGUAACGGUGAGGCCCAAAUGCAAUAUCGGCCUUAGUCAUAACCGUGCGUCAAUAAGCGAUUUGCUUAAGAGGGAAGGUGAGCAUGUUGCUGCAUCAAAAGGGUAUGAGGAUAUUACUCGUUUCCUUAUUGAUCAAGGAGCAGACGUCGAGUUGUCAGAUAAAUUUGGGAACACUCCUUUGCUUGAAGCCAUUAAAAAUGGGCAUGAUCAAGUAGCUUCUAAUGUGGGGGCGUCACUUACUAUUGAUGAUGCUGGUGAUUUUCUCUGUAAUACGGUAUCAAGGAGGAAUUUGGACAUGCUGAAAAGGCUUUUAGCCGAUGACAUCAACCCAAAUGUGAAAAAUUAUGAUAAACGACACUUAGCUGCUUCAGAAGGCUUAUAUUCAAUGGCAAAAUUCCUUUUAGAAGCAGGUGCAAGUGUUCUAUCAAAGGACAGAUGGGGAAGAACUCCACUUGAUGAAGCCCGCAUAGGUGGAAAUAAGAAACUAAUCAAACUGCUUGAAGUUGCUAGAACUUCGCAGUUCUCUGAUGAAUAUCAUUAA